AUGCCGGCCGCCUGGAAGCUUGCCCUAGCAGUUGUAAUAACGCUUGCAGCGACAAGCGCUGCUGAUUCUGGGGAUGACUUCUCUAAUAAUUUGUUUUCCGACCUAGCGCCACUGCUAGCUCUUUUCGGAGAACGGGUCACUAUGCAAUUCAUGAGCCAGUCGACUGGUUGGGCUGAUAGUAUUAUUUUGGCAAUGGCUCCGUUAGGGAUCAUUACUAUUAUUGCUAGUGCCAUUAGAGUCGGUGGUCCUUCAUGGCUCAAAGCUAUUAUUGGAAGAGCGAGGGAGAACCUUGCGGUUGCUGAAGCGGAAUUAAUGUCAUCUACUUCUCAUGAGGUCUGUGAGCUGUGGAAUGGCCGAGAGGUGGUGAGAUGCAUGGGAUCACCGUCGACGGCCGAAUUCAUAUGCCUAAGACCUGCGAACAUGAAGUGCACUGAAAAUGGUGCUAAUCAGGUUCCGGAUAUACUCGAACUGAAGGAGGCACUCGAUAAACAGUAUCUGAAGGAGCUACCAUCGAAUGACGGGGCCAGUUUCUGGGAGACUAUAUUGGAUAGUAUCGGUCGCAACCGCGAGUCGGCCAGCGCGAAGGUAGAGAGAGGGGCAAAUUCACAGACAUCCGUUACCAUACCGGUUCCUAAGCUUACCAUUGUUCGGAAUCAAGUUAUUGAUGCGCCAAAUAUCUCUCUUAAUUCCCAUGGCUACCUUAGCCGUAGAGAAUUACGCGCCGUGGCCGUCUUUGGAACGAUCCUUCAGCUAGGUGUCCUGACCUAUUUUGGGUUUGCCACCUACCAUCCGGCGCUAAAGUUUACCAAGGGCGACGAUGCAGUUGCAAAUUAUGCGUUUCCUUGCACUGCUACUGGCACGAUUACAUUGGUAGCUGGCCUACUACUGUGUGCACAUGUUGUGGAGAGCAGCACCGAAGAGAAAAGAUAUCAGCCGUCCAAAGAGACAAAAGCUCGGUUGGUAUGGCUACAACAGGCCCAAACUGUUGGCGACCAGUCUUUCCAGUCUUUUGCAUUAUCGGCUGGGGACAAUCAGACUAUCAUUACAACGUCCUGCCGGGUGAACAAAAAAAGCCAAGGUAUUCAUUUGGAGCUGAAAACUAUUAUUGGCACCGCGGUCAGCCUCUGCGGGUUUGUGGUGCAAUUUAUCGGCUUGCGUGGAAUGCAUUGGUCCGCCUCAGUUGCUCAACUCGGAGCAGUCAUCGCGAUGGCUGCUCUUAGGGCGUGGGUUCGUCGUGGACUCGCACAGCCUCUUCAACGGGUCCGUCUGACCCCAGAACACGAGCUUGAAUGGUUCGCGAUGGCAUUAGGAGAUUUUGAUGGAAUACCCUGGCAACCUGAUAGAAGUCCUAAGGAAUACAGAGAACAAGGACAGACGGCCCGAGCAGGUGUCAACACGAUGAAGAAUAGCGGAGGCAACCCAACAACGCAUAAUAUGAUGGUAACGCGGAGAACACUUUGUGAGCUCGCUGGCUGGCAGGGGCCAGCAUCCGCAGAGGCCUUGACCCUUGCAAGGGCGAUCAAGAUCACAAUGGAUGCUCUAUCUAGUUAUCUUCAUCCUGAAAGUGACUUCACCUGGUCCCUUGGAGCCCUUUCAGCAGGGCACGAGGACAAGCCACCCAAGUUUUGUUGGACGCGAGACGUAACCGUAGACACAAUUCGGAAGGACAUCGAAGCAGUGCUAUCUUUACGGUUAUAUUACGUCUACUCGCAAAAGCGACAAUAUGAAGAUCAGCCAAAAUCUGCCCAAACACAGCGUCGCAAGUAUAAUGCCCGGUUGCACGUUACAGAGAUGCCUGCAGAGCGAGGUUUGCGCCUUCUAGGUCCAGGGACGCGGGCCCUUCGGCGGGAUCUCGCAUGGUGGAUGCCUCCUGAUACAGCAAGAAUCUUGGAAAUUAAAGAAGAUGAGAACGGUACGAUGAAGGUUGAAAACCAUAGAAUUGUUGGCUAUGGUGGGCAGCAGAGUAUUCGUGUAGCUCGGUACGAUGGCACGGAAGCCAGCCUUAGCCCGGACGAUACAUAUCAUUGCGAAAUUGAAGAGAGCACGCUCUUGGCGUCGGAGUCGUAUGACUCCUUAGAGCUACUCUACGCGCAAGACAUGUUCACGAAAUUCAUGCAAUCUGUGGCAGAGAAAAUGGCGCGCGCCAUCGAGGGCGGUUCUAACGUGCGACCUAAAGACUCUAGCAACAUGGUUGCCUGGAAAUGCUUCACACUUCAUCACGAUCGGCUGUCAAAAAUGGCUCAGGACAUCCAUAAUUGUGGACUUGGCAAUAUUCAUCAGACCUAUCUAAGCAUUAUUCAACCCCUAAGCACCGAACAGAAGCUUCCCGAACCCGAUAACGUUAUUGCACUGGCGCGGAAACAUGCCAAGCCACACGAACGACUCCAGGAUUUUGCAGAGGCUAGCAACAUAUAUUUGUGGCUCUUUAGAACGGCAAAUACAUUUCCAAGGAAGAGUAGCAUCUUUGUAAAAGCUACAGCCAUAUUAAUGGAGAAUGUAAGGAUGGUCACCCUCACUUCUAAAUUAAGGGAGGCCCAAUGUUACCCGGAAACGAAAAUCUGGCAGAUUAGAGCGGCUAAGUCGAACAUGGAAAAUGAGUUGAAAAGAGUUGAUCGGACAAUACUAUCAGGCCUCAUGAGCUUGUACAAAAAACAGAGUCGCCAAUGGGAAUGCGAUAUUUUACAGGAUGCUGAGCCUACGAUAGAGGGACACACCAGUCACCCAGGAACGUUCAAUUGCACGCCGUUACAUCAAAUAUGUCAGGAGGAUAGAGAUCAUUUUUUAAGUCGGGAGUUGGCAGUUCGAUACCUAGAUCGAAAAGACAUUCACGGGUGUACGCCCCUCCAUUACGCUGCAGUCAAAGGUUCUUUGGAUGAUACCACCUUUUUGUUGGAUUUUUAUCCGGAUGUUGAUGCGCGAGAUCUCCUCGACUGGACCCCAUUACACUACGCCUGUAAUGCUUGUAGUCAUUCCGGAGUUGUGCAGUAUCUCCUUGACAAGGGGCGACCACAAGUGAACGCCCAAGGCAUAGAUGGAGUAGCUCCGCUGCAUUUGGCCGCUAUGAAUGGAAAUAUUGAAACGGUGCAAAUACUAAUUCGGGCCGGAGCAGCUCUUGAUAUCCAGGACGCCUCAGGAGCUACGGCGCUACACUGGGCCGCAUUCAAGGGCCACGAAGCCAUGGUCGAAUAUCUGUACGAAGACUCGAAUAAAAAGCUGCGAGAUAAAAACAGCCGGACUGCCUUGCACCUGGCAGCAAUAGCGGGAAAGGAGAAUGUAGUACGCUUGCUGGUUCCAUGUUCCGACAAGCAGACCAAUGCCGACAUGGACACCUUUGACAGCGGUGGAUAUAAGCCGCUACACUACGCCGCCAUGCGUGGGCACGAGGCCAUCAUGCGCUAUCUCGUAAAUGUGGCGCCUUUUAAUAGGGAGCAGGCCACGAACUACCAUGGCGAAACGCCGCUACAUUUAGCCGCUCGCCGAGGGCACGAGGCCAUCGUGCGCUAUCUUGUUGGCGAGACGGGCGCUAAUAAGGAGGCCAAAAAUAAGCAAGGCUUUACGCCGCUACAUGCAGCCGCUGCAUAUGGCAAUGAGGCCGUCGUGCGCUAUCUCGUUGGCGAGACGGGCGCUAAUAAGGAGGCCAGAAAUAAGCAAGACUCCACGCCGCUGCAUAUAGCCGCUGCAUAUGGCAAUGAGGCCGUCGUGCGCUAUCUUGUUAGCGAGACGGGCGCUAAUAAGGAGGCCAGAAAUAAGCAAGACUCCACGCCGCUGCAUAUAGCCGCUGUAUAUGGCAAUGAGGCCGUCGUGCGCUAUCUUGUUAGCGAGACGGGCGCUAAUAAGGAGGCUAAAAAUAACAUCUUUAAUCGUACGCCGCUACAUCUAGCUGCUGCAUAUGGCAAUGAGGCCGUCGUGCGCUAUCUCGUUGGUGAGGCAGGCGCUAAUAAGGAGGCUAGAGAUGGUAGUAAUAGUACGCCGCUACAUAACGCCAUUUUUGAAGAGAACGAAGCCCCCUCGAUGUAUUUGGCUGGUGAGGCGGGUGUUGAUAUAGAGGCUAAAGACCAUAAACAACAAACCCCGCUAUUCUGGGCCGCUCUUGAAGACAAUGAAGCCAUCGUGCGCUAUCCCGUCCAUGAGGCGGGUGCUGAUCUAGAGGCUAAGGACUUUAAACAACGACCGCCGCUACGCAGGGCCGCUAAAUGGAGCAAUGAGGCCAUCGUGCGGUAUUUUAUCGAGGCGGGUGCUGAUCUAGAGGCUAAGGACUUUAAACAACGAACGCCGCUACAUAAAGCCGCUUAUCAAGGGCUUCAAGCCUGUGUGCGGUAUCUUGUUGGCGAGGCAGGCGCUAAUAAGGAGGCUAGGGACCGUUUUAACAGAACACCAGCACAGGUUGCCGCUGCCUGCGGCUUUAAGUCUGUUGUGAGAAUACUCGAACAAGAUGAAAAAGCAAUAAGAGGAGCAAAUUGA